UUGAAAAGAAAAGGCGAAAAGCGUGUGAAAGUGUUUUUGUGUUAUAUCUAUAUUUGUGCGAAGAACUAAAGGACCCAGCAAUUAAAUUUUGCUUAAGGAUUAAGUGGAGUUCAUCCAUAUAAGAUGAUUAACUUAUGAAGAGUGAACUCUGAAAAUAAACUGUUAAUUAUGUAUGGGAAUUGGCAGCAGAUGGGUAGGGGUGGUUACCCUAACCAAGGUUUUCAACAGUAUGGUCAACAACAAGGCCAAUGGCAAGCACAAGGACAAGGGAACAUGAACUACCAACAACAGCAACAAUGGUAUUAUCAGCAGGGUGGCGGACAGUGGCAGAACCCAUCACAAACCCAACCACCAUUACCUGCUGAUGAACCGGAAGAUUCAUCUGGUGUUAAUCCAGCCCCUCCUGUAGAACCUCCAUCUGAUGAUAAACCCCCGUUACCUGAUGAACCUCCGCCUGAAACCCCCACUGAACCACCCCAAGAAAAGAAAAAGGAAUUGAAUGCAGUUAGUCCAGAAGAACAAGCAAAGUUAAAUAAUUUAAAAGCUCAGGCAGCUCAGUGGCAACAACAGAAACAUUAUUCAGCUCCACUCCAAUCCACACCACAAGCAUCACACCUGAAUCAAUCUCCAGAAUUUCAAUCCAUUUUAAGAGAAGAAAGGGAAUUUGAAGAACAAUAUAAAAAUUGGCGAAAACAAUACGAUGACUGGAAAGAACAAAAUAAAAAUCAUCCAAAUCAAGAACAAUUUCUACAAUAUGAACAACAGUGGAAACAGUAUGAACAACAAAUGGAGUCACGAAAAACAGACAUUCAAACACGUAAACAAAAUAUCACAAACAUUAGUCACCAGUCAACCCCUAGCUAUCAGAAUCAAGGUUAUGGGGGCUAUAACCAGGGAUAUCAAGGUGGUUAUCAAAACUUGCAAGGGCCAAGAAUGGGAGGAGAUCCAAGAUUUCAACAAUAUGGAGGAUCACAGAGAUUCCAAGGACCCAAUCAAAACUUUCAAGGACAGAGGGGGCGUGGAGGACCAAACCAACGAUUUCCUAAUCACAACUUUCAAGGUCCUCGUGGUCCUAGACCAGGAGGUUCCCGUCCUCAGAGUGAUAAUGGAAGUGAGCAUGCUGGCAAUGAUGACGACAUGGAUUUAGAAGGCGCUGAAGAUGAACCUGAAAACAGUCAAUCGCAUAAUCAAAGUUAUGGAGGACAGCCAGGAAAUAGAUUUAAUCAAGGUCCAGUUGGAGCUAGGUUUGGAGGUUCAGGUAGCAUGCGAGGCAGAGGUGGUAAUCAUUUUCAAGGUCAGAGAGGACAAGGUCAGUCAUUAGGAAGAGGUGGAAUGAAUCGUAGUGGCUUGCCAUCUUUAAUGGAUAUGUCUGUAAAUAAUCCAAAUGAUAAAGAUGAUGAUGAUGAUACUGUUGAGAGACUUGAUGAUGAAAUGCAAGAAGCUGAAAAUGAAUAUGGCACAAUCUCUUCAGAGCGUGGGGGAGGUCAAUUCAGAGGUCGUGGAGUUCGAGGACAGAUGUUUCAGACAGGCAACAGAGGUCAAGGUCCUAGAGGUGGAAUGAUUGAGGGACAUGUAGGAUUUAGGGGACGUGGUGGAAUGGGUCCAAGAUAUCAAGGGCCACAGGGUUACCAGUCAUUGGAGGAUGAAGAUAAAAAUAAUUUCUCUUCACAGGGAGGUCCUAGAUUCUCUGGACCAGGUGGCAGGGGCAUGCGACCGGCUGGCCCUGGACCAAGAUUUGGAGCACCUAAUAUUCGGGAUUCUGGUCCCAGAUCUAGAUUCCCAGGGAGAGGCGGUGGAAUGCCAGGAAUGAGAAUGCCAAUGUUAAGCUCUGAAAAUGACCAUGAUGAUGAUGAUGAUGAUGAUGGUCAAGAAAAUGUUCAACAAGGGGAGGUGAUUGAUGAUUCUAUGAAAGAAGACAACGUUAAACCAGAUGAUGAGCCUCUAGAUGAGGUCCAGGUUGAGGAUGCUAAUGUUGAUAGUGUUGAAAAGAAAGAUGAAGAUCAAGUGAGUCAAGAUGAGGACAGUAGACCAAAAAGUGCAGGAAGUCAUGAUUCUCAAAGAGGAGGCAUGAGAGGCGGUAUUGGAGGAGCCUUAAGAGGAGGUCCUGGGGCCCAGAGAGGGGGUCCAAUGGGUGUGUGGAACCAAAGGGGUGGCGCUGUUAACCAAGGCGGUCUCAUGAAUCUGAGAGGUGGUCUUAUGAAUCAGAGAGGUGGCCCUAUGAAUCAAAGAGGUGGUUCCAUGAAUCUGAGAGGUGGCCCUGGUGGAAGAGGUGGCCCUGGUGGAAGAGGUGGUCAGACUGGAAUAGGUGGAAAGGUUCAGUCAUGGCGCCCAGGAAGCCAAGGAAUUCAGAAUGAUGAUGAAUUUGACGAUGAAUAUGAAGAAGAAGAGCCACAAGAAGAUGAAUCUGUCAUGGAACAUUUUGAUACCCCUGGCCAAGUUGGUAUGCGAGGAGGAUUUGGUCAGAGAGGUGGUUGGGGUAUGCAGAGAGGUGGGCGUGGCUCAGAUAGGGGUUGGCGUGGCAUGGACAGGGGUGGACGUGGCAUGGAUAGGGGGGGUCAUGGCAUGGACAGAGGUGGUCGUGGCAUGGAUAGAGGUGGUCGUGGAAUGGAUAGAGGUGGUCGUGGAAUGGACAGAGGUGGUCGAGGCAUGGACAGAGGUGGUCGAGGCAUGGACAGAGGUGGCCGUGGCAUGGACAGAGGUGGCCGUGGCAUGGACAGAGGUGGUCGUGGCAUGGAAAGAGGUGGCCGUGGCAUGGAAAGAGGUGGUCGUGGCAUGGAAAGAGGUGGCCGUGGCAUGGAAAGAGGUGGUCGUGGCAUGGAAAGAGGUGGUCGUGGUAUGGAUCGGGGUGGUUUUGGUCGUGGUGCAGACAGAGGAGGUCGUGGUCUGCCAAGAGGUGGACCUGGUCAAAUGAGAGGUGGGCAAAGAGGAAAUUUCCAUGGAAGUUAUCAAGGAAGAUUUGAUGAUAAUUGUCCAGAUGAAGAAGGUGAUUUACAGUUUGAUACUGAAAAUAAAGCUUUUACUGAAGAUGAACAGCCUCAAGGUGCUACAGAGGGAGGUGAAGGAGUAAGUGGUCCCUUUCAACAUAAUAUGCAUGAUGACAACCUCCCCCCACCCCAUCCUGAUAAUAGAUACCAUGACCCACGAGAUCUAGAUCCUAGGGAUCCUUACUUUGACAGAAGAAUGGACCCUUAUCCACCUCCACCACCAGAAUAUUUUGAUCGAUUUAGAGAUCCAUAUGGUGAUCCCUAUAUGAGAGACAGGUUACCACUUGAUCCCUAUCGUGAUCCUUACAGAGAUCCUUACUAUCCCCCACCUAUACGAGAUCCUUAUGAUAGAGAUCCAUUCCCUCCAAGAGACAGAGAUCCCUAUUUUGAUCCUUAUACCAGAGAUAGAUUGCCACCAUUAGACAGGGAAGUGGAUCCAUAUUAUGCCACAGAUCCACUCCGCAAUCCUUACAGAGUGGCAACAACAAUAGAUGAUGAUGCAACCCCGGCACUUGAAGUACCUAAAACAGUUAUAGAUUAUGGACAUGGUAAAAAUAUGGAUCCUGUUAGUGAAACAAGUGAUUCCAGAAGAAGUCCUCCUGAAAGAUAUCGGAUCCGGGAAAGGAGCAGUGAUAAAGAUCAUGGACGCGACAGAGAUCGUGACAGGCAUAGAGACAGAAAUAGAGAUCGUGAUAGUAGAGAGCGAGAACGUGAAAGAGAGGAGAGACAUCGAGAACGUGAAAGAGGGGAGAGACAUCGAGACCGAGACAAGGAAAAACAACGAUUAAAAGAACGUGAUAAAUUACGUGAUAGAGUCAGAGAUAGAUUAUAUGGUGAAUGGAAUAGAGACUUACCAUCCAGUCAUUCACCCCCACUUGUAAUAGAUGGACCCAGAAAAAUAUUCCAGUCAAAAAUAGAAACGGCUAAAAUAGAAGAUUUAUUGGUGAAACCGGGUCGUUUUUCACGACCACCUUUAAUUGUUGUUAUUGUUCGUGGUUUACCUGGUUCUGGUAAAACAUAUGUCAGUAAAUUAAUCAGGGAUAAAGAAAUUUCAAAUGGAGGGGCGGCACCUAGAAUGUUAUGUUUAGAUGAUUAUUUUAUGGUUGAAGUAGAAAAAAAAGAGAAAGAUCCAGAAACUGGAAAACAAGUUAUAACAAAGGUAUUAGAAUAUCAGUAUGAAGGGGAAUUAGAAGAGGCAUAUCGUCAAAGUUUAUACAAAUCAUUAAAAAAAACGAUUGAUGAUGGUUUCUUCCCUUUUAUCGUUGUGGAUGCUGUCAAUGAAAAAGUUAAGCAUUUUGAAGAUUUUUGGAGUUAUGCCAAGUCAAAAGGUUUUCAGGUGUAUAUAGUUGAGGUUGAAGCAGACGUUAGUACAUGUAUAAAAAGAAAUAUUCACAACUGGAAACAGAAAGAUGUAGAGAAGAUUAAAAAGGGUUGGGAAUUAACACCUUCACAUUUUAUGAGAUUAGACAUAAGGUGGUUACUUCAAGAAGAUUCCAUUGUUGAGGUUGAGAUGGAAGAUGAGAAAGAAGAGGAAGACAGCAAAUCUGGAAGUAAAGAUAGUGGUGAAGAUGAUGAUGAAGAAGAAUCAUUAGAGUUUAUUGGGGCAUAUCAGAAAUCUAAGUGGGAAAUAGCAGAGCCAUCUGAAAAACAAAUGGAUAAAUUGGAUGGUAUUAGGAAAAGAAAGAGGACUCCAUCACCUCAAGGUUGGGAUGAUUAUCUUCAAAUAGCUGGGGAGGAUUAUUUUAACAGGACAUCUGUGCCAGGAAAAAAACGGGUUCGCUGGGUUGAUAUUGAAGAACAUAAACAACAAACAAGACAAAGAGAGAUAGGAUUUGUGAUUGGUCAAACACAGCGAGACUGGGAUAGAAUAACAGAUGACAAUUUUGCUCAUCGUGCAAUGAACCAGACAAAAUAUAUAUGAAGUGAAGACAGACAAGAUGGGCUAAUUAUUACCAUAGAGGCGGGAAUAAUUGCCGAGAAAUGGUGAAGACGACAUCGUAAAUAUUCAUUUAAUGAAGUAAGAAACUGGCGGGGGUGAGUUGUGUUAAAUUGCGGUAGGUAUUAUGUCGGCGUUCUUUGAUGUAUUUGCAACUGUGCGUUAUUUUGUAUAUACUAUAAGUAAGUUAAGAUACAUGUCUAUAUCUUUAUAGAAUAGGAAAUACGUGCAGUCGGUAAUGCACGAACUGUGUGUUUAUUACCGCGCCUUUUUUAAUUAUACAACUUUCAGUUUACGAUUAUCGUCUUCGUUUGUCAGGAUAAGCAACAGAUCUUGAGAAAUAUUUAAAGAUGCAUUAUGUAAGAGCUAAAUUUUUCUAAUGCAGAUCCGUCGUUUGGCCUCAAAUGUUAUUGUUAUAUAGAUAAUUAAUUAGACAUUUAUUCACAUACUAAGCCCAUAAUCAACGCUCUAGAACAUCGGAUGCUUUUGAUUUUAACGGAAUUAAACUCGAUUGCUAGUAAUGAUUUAAUUUAAAAAAUGAAUAAUCGAGUAUUUGUUUAUUAUCGUAACAACGGUAGCAAUGACAAUCGAGACUACAGUGUUUUUCUAACGACCAUAAGUCCGUACAGACUAAAGUAAUUGGACUGAAAGUUUCAACAUACUCCCUUUUCAUUAUCUAUUGUUUAACUAUUAUAGCGAGAGCUGUCAGCUUUUUUUUAUCUAAAUCUUACAUAAUGCAUCUUUAAAGUCGCUGAUCAUCUUUUGCAUUUUUUGGACAAUACUUAAUUUUCACAUUUAAAUCCACGCUUAAAUAUUCAAUGUUUUUUGUCUUUUUUUUUUAAACAAUAGUUCAGAAAAAUAUCAACAGUAAAAAAAUCACUCGGCUUGGAUUGGAUAGGAUUAAAAAUAGGCCCAUCAAAAGAUUUCAGCGAAAAUUGACAGUUUGAAAUAACGCAUAGGAUAUAAAGCUUUCUACCGCCCUCAACACUAUAACGAUUUUUUUUUUUUCUGUUACCAUAUCAUCAGAUUGCAAAGGCUGAAUAAUAUCUUUUGCAUAACAUUAUUAUUUCGUAAAGACAUUUGCCCCGUCGUAACUUUAAAAAACCGAGGUCCCGAGUACAUCUUAGCGGGUACGUAAAACAACCAUUGGCAGUUGGAAUUCAAUUUCCCCCAAGCACACUGUAUGGACGUUAAACCCCAUCCCAUUCAUACAUUCAUUGAGUGGUAGUUCUGUUCGACGAAAAUGAUUGUUGUGGUUUUUACACCCAAAUAGAUGAAUAUGAUUGUACAUGUAAAUAAAACUGAAUUUAAACUUCAUAAGUCAACUUUGAUACGAAACAUAUAGAAAUAUUUAUAUACUAAAAGUGAUAUUAUUCUUAUCUUUAUAAUGAUCUAAAGUAAAUUAUAUUUUUAUUAUGUCAAUAUUUUACAUGUGAAUUAUUUUUUUAUUAUCUAAAUAACGUUUGACAGAUAUAACACAUAUCCGGAAGGGGAAUAUUUUUUAAAGGUAGAGAUUGUGAAGAAAAUUUGUAUCUAUCAUCACUUGGCUAAAGGUCUCUGGCGAAGAAAGGUCUCGGAAAUCCAAAGAUAUAACAACCUCUGGGUACUGCUUUAUUCAUUCACACCGCAUUUUGUCAGUAUUCGAGCUAUAUUUGUUUACGUUAGAGGGGGGGGGGGGAUUCGAUAAAAGUCUAUAAGCCACAUCGAUAAAUUGUCUUGUUAUAUGUGGGUGGGAGUUGGGGCGAUGCUAACGAAUAUAUAUAUUUUACAGCGUCUUUUAAUUGGACGUAUAUUGUCGUAACCGCAUUCGGUUCACAAUUUCUAGUCAAUACUUCUUUUCGGAUCAUUUUACUCUAUUUAAACUUGCAGGGAUGCUUCAUUUGGUUAUAAUGAAAAAAAACCCAUUUCGAAAUUAUAUCCUUAUGAAAUCAUAUUUUGGCUUUAAAAGCUUGACAGACAAAAAUUUCAAUUUUAAUUAGAAAACUUUGUAUAUAGGCUUAUUCAUUUGGGCCUAACGAUGUACCCUAUUAAAAUUCGGAGAUUAUUUUUUCGAGCUCAAAUCUAGUUAUCCUCCUGUUAAAUUCAACUUUAAUAAAUCUGUAUUACAAAACAUAGUUCUCGGCCCGAAAUUUUAAGAUCAUUUAUUGGGCCAUAAGGCAAAACCCUAUGAAAUUUCGAACUCUGUUCGCUAUCUUUCCAUACACAUUUAUUUACCUUUAAAACUUGGAAUAGAUUUUGUUGUGAAUUUUUUAUGAAAGCUUUGUCUGUGCGAUGCAAUGAUUUCAAGGCUUGCAUGGAAGAUGUUGGUGGGCGUAUUAUGAGGGCCAAGUCUAUGAGACAGAUAAGGGUAUGACGAGCAGAAGAUAUUCAACCUUUUAUUGCAUAUACCAUUCAGUGACGAGUGACUAGACAUUGAAGUUAGUAUUUAUUGAAGUUGUUUUAUAUAGGAAAACUAAAUAUAUUAAUAUUAUUCUUUGUAAAAUGACAAGAUAUAAUAAA